AUGCGCCGGGCGCUGCCGCCGCUCCGCGCCCUGCUCGGGGCCGCCCGCCCGCCGCGGCUGCCGGUGCCCCGGGGGACGUGCGGCCCCUUGGCCGAGCGGAGCGGGCACAGCGCGCUCAGCGUGUUGCCAUCCUUUGGCUUUCUCUUUGACAUCGAUGGGGUGCUGGUGCGAGGGAAGACUCCCAUUCCUGCUGCCAGAACAGCCUUUCAGAAGCUGGUCAAUUCUCAGGGACAGUUCCUGGUGCCCGUGGUCUUUGUCACCAACGCAGGGAACUGCCUGCGCCAGAAAAAAGCUGACCAGCUGUCUCACCUGCUGGGAGUUCCAAUUUCACAAGAUCAAGUGAUGAUGUCACACAGUCCUCUGAGGAUGUUCAAGCGUUAUCAUGAAAAAUGUGUUCUGGUAUCUGGACAAGGACCACUUCUUGAUAUUGCUCAAGACCUUGGUUUCUGCCAGCCCAUCACCAUUGACACCCUGAGGGAGAAACGCCCUCUGCUCGAUGCAGUUGACCAUGACAGGAGACCCAACGUCUUGUCCCCCUCUGCUGUGGAGCUUCCCAAGAUUGAGGCUGUGGUGUUGUUUGGGGAGCCAGUCAGAUGGGAAACCAGCCUGCAGCUGAUCAUUGAUGUUUUGCUGACCAGUGGCUAUCCUGGAAAUCCCUAUGAGCAGGAAAGCUACCCUCACAUUCCUGUGCUUGCCUGUAACAUGGACCUGAUGUGGGUGGCUGAGGCACAGUCCCCAAGGUUUGGACAUGGAACGUUCAUGGUUUGUUUGGAAAACAUUUACAAGAAGAUCACUGGCAAAGACCUGAAGUACGAGGCGUUGAUGGGCAAACCCAGCAGGCUGACAUACCAGUAUGCAGAGCACCUGAUCCGGGCCCAGGCCCUGCAGAGGAGCUGGGAGCAGCCCAUCCAGACCCUCUAUGCUGUGGGGGACAAUGUGAUGACGGACGUGUACGGUGCUAACCUGUACAACCGCUACCUGCAGGAGGGCUCCCAGUCCCACCUGCAGGCCGGGGCUGCUGCCGCCCGCUGCAGGUCCGUGCUGGUCUGUACUGGGGUGUACAGCCCCCAGCCCGAGGUGCCCCCGGACACCGGGGACAGCAUCACCGGCACCGUGUUCCACGGCCACAGGGAUUUCAGGUUCGACCCUGCCUUGGUGGAGCCGGAUCACGUUGUGCCAGAUGUGGAUGCUGCUGUAGACCUGGUCUUCCAGCUGGAGAACUUUGCACCUCGUUGAGGUGACGUGGCUUCUUAAGGAUCGCUCAGUGCCGUGCUUUUCUUCCCCAAAACACUCCGUGCUUAACAAGGGUGCCACGAGCUGCUGCCUUCUACGUUUUUUAACCUCUAAAUUAAUACAGUCUUCUAUUAGGUAUGUUUAUCAGGAGUACAUGUAGGUACGUGUGUCUGUUUAAGUAUAUUAAAUAUCAAUAAUACUUUUAUAGUGCUUCUAAAUAUGUAAUUUCGGGCUUGAGUUGCCCUUUGUUGUCUUCCUCUUUGUUAUGUUAGGUACUUUAAUAGCAAUAUUUCAUAGUAGUCUAUUCAUGAACCGGUACUUCAGUCCCUCCAUGACAGUACCACCUUUUGUUUGCUGGAAGAUUUAGUUUUUAGGUGUUGAGGAUCUAGAGGAUAUCAGAUUGUGGUGCUGGGGUCACUCAGUCCGUUCCACGUGGGCCGGUACAGAGCACAACAACAUGAACUGGUGCCUGGCACUGCCAAGUGCUGAGUGCUCCUCCAGAAUGGAGUUCAGUCUGUUCACAUUUGGACUUGCUCUCAUCUAACCUGCUGCUGCCUUUCCUUGUGUCUGUUUUCCCAUGUCCCUGGAGUUUUAUUGCUCCCCUGUGCUGUGUGAAGCCAUAAUUGUGUUAGAACUCCAUAGUCCUGGAAGGGAAGCAGCAGAGCAGCAGACCUGGCUACCCUCUGUGACCUUUGUGCUCUUUGCCUUUCUGUCUGCACUUCUUUUUUUUUUUUUUUUUUUUUUUUGAGGAAUUUAGAAUCAGAAAGCUGUAGCAGUUCUGUGUCAGGUGUUCCUGUGAGUUGGGACUUUCCACUGAAUCGGUGACUACUGCUCGGCCAGAAAGUGCCUCCUAAUUUACUUGAAGCCUCAUACCACUGUGGUGAUCAGCUGGCCUUUAGUGUAAUAUAUUUAAUCUCAUGUCAGUGUUAUAUGUUGUUUGAUUCAUGGAUUUUAUAGCCGUUUGUUUAAAAAGAAAGAAAAAGUAAUUUAUUUUUUGUUAUUUUUGUAAAAUACUUCUAAAGUUUUAAUCCCAAAGGUGUCUUUAAAAAUAUUUCAGUGUGGUUAUAACACAAUAUGUGUUGUACUUGUGACAUAAGAUAGGAAAACAUAACCCAAUUAAUUGUUUUAAAACCAAAGUCAACUUACACAAAAAGAUCAGUUCACAUUAGGGACUAGUCAGGUUUUUAGGGUUGGUUUUUUUGGGGAUUUUUUUUUCAAAUUACAAACUGUACAAACAAAAACCUGGGUGUUCAUCUCUGCCGGGUUCUUGCAGGGCUGGCAGAAUGACUUCCUGGCCAAAUCCUUCACUGCUUGUUAUCCCAACAGCAACUCUGAGAGCUCACAGCUGCUGUGAAGUCAGACUGUGUUGUUGCUUCCUCUGUUUGCAAAGCACUGUAAUCCCUUCUCCAGUCUCAUGUACUCUCAGGACUUUUGAUUCAUCUCUUGUAAUGUUUCCUAAGUAGAUUUCAGUGUCUGGAUCCAGUGUAAAGACACUGCUCUAAACAGUUUAUUUCCUGCUUCUUCACUGGAAAAGUAUUUACAGCAGCAUAUUCUUGCCUUUUUAUUGGUACAACAAACAGAUAUCUACCUGUUUCUUUAGCACAUUCUUGUAUAAUACCAAAUAUUUGCAAAGAUUGCCAAAUCUAAGUAAAGACUGUAAUUUUGUAAGGUCACAAUGAUUUGAAGUCAUGUUGUUUCAGUACUAAAGCCUGUUGCAGAACUCUCUUAAGUUUACCAGAAUCAGUGAAGCAAGGAAUAAAAAUGCUGGAAG